CACUCAUUCCGACCCAAUCUCUUCUCUACACCGACGACCAUGAGCACCUCACAACCGUCGACAUCCAGCGGCAUGGACCAGCGCAGACAGGACGCGCUCAAAGGGUACCGCGAGAAAAUGCGGCAACAUGAAACGAGCAGUCAAACCCUCAAGAGCUUGCGAUUUGCGCUCAAAGAUCUUGAGAAAGACUACGAGAAGACGGAGGAUGACAUCAAAGCCGUCCAAUCAGUUGGGCAAAUCAUCGGCGAGGUUAUGAAGCAGCUAGACGAUGAGCGAUUCAUUGUGAAGGCGUCUUCUGGCCCUCGCUAUGUUGUCUCCUACCGCCCGACAUUGCCUGUUGCGAAACUGAAGGCAGGCACGCGAGUGAGCCUGGACAUGACUACGCUCACAAUCAUGCGGAUAUUGCCCCGCGAAGUCGACCCAGCAGUGUACAAGAUGAGCCUUGAGGACCCCGGAGGGGCAUCUUUUGCUGGUAUUGGUGGGUUGGGCGACCAAGUGCGAGAGCUCCGUGAGGUCAUCGAGCUACCACUGCUUAACCCAGAGCUCUUCGGACGUGUGGGUAUCAAACCUCCGAAGGGCGUUCUGCUCUACGGGCCACCAGGAACGGGGAAGACCUUGCUUGCACGUGCUGUUGCCGCAACUCUCAACACUAAAUUCCUGAAAGUUGUGUCAUCCGCCAUCGUUGACAAGUACAUCGGUGAAUCAGCACGAGUGGUUCGUGAAAUGUUCGGCUAUGCGCGCGAGAAUGAGCCUUGUGUCAUCUUCAUGGAUGAAAUCGAUGCCAUUGGUGGGCGACGGUUCUCGGAAGGUACAAGUGCCGACAGAGAGAUUCAGCGUACCUUGAUGGAGCUUCUCAAUCAGAUGGACGGGUUCGACGCACUUGGGCAGACUAAGCUCAUCAUGGCGACAAAUCGACCGGACACCCUCGACCCGGCACUACUCCGACCAGGACGGCUAGACAGGAAGAUCGAGAUCCCGCUACCCAACGAGCAAGCACGACUUGAGAUUCUCAAGAUUCAUUCCGCGCCUGUGAACAAGGGUGGCGAGAUUGACUACGAGGCUAUUGUCAAGCUCUCGGACGGCUUCAACGGCGCAGACCUUCGGAACGUUGUCACGGAAGCCGGCAUGUUCGCGAUUCGGGAUGAUCGGGAGUAUAUCACGCAAGAGGAUCUCACGAAGGCAGCUCGAAAGGUCGGCGAGGCGAAGAAGCACGAAAGCAAACUCGAAUAUUCAGCUUGAUCGUUGCUCUAUUUUUAUCAUUGUAUCGCCUGCGCGAGUGCACAUACGUCGCUUUACUCCGUUAGGUGUUCUUCGGUCAGAUGUAAUUCGAGGACAUUGGACGUAUCCGUCACCGCACUUUCCUGUCGAACGGCUGAGGUCCUCGAUUAUGCACUAGACGCCUGCUGAUCACAAGCUGACUCUGCCUCCUCGUCAAGACUAUAACUGUAGCUAGGACUCGGACCCAUAGCUCAUGUGUGGCAUACGCGGAAGGUAAUUUGGGCACCAUUGCACUGAUUAUCACCUUACUAGUACAUCACACUUGCCGCCAGUGAACGAGCCUGAGAAACAUCA